AUGGAGCGGCGAGGGAAGCAGCGAGAGUUCAGCCGGAGGCUUUUCAGCAGCAGUGGUAGCAGCGGGAUAAAGCAGGCGAAAUGGGACACCACUUCCCAGGGAGGACAGGACCUUCAAAUGGCAGCUACUGUGUUAGAAACCAACACAUCAAUUCCCAGUGGUUCACUGGGGGGCAGGGACAUCUCUAUGUCCAAGAAGAUGUCCAACAUAUUCAACGCAACAUCUUUAAUUACAGAGAGGACAUCAAUGUCCAAAUGGACCCGCUCCUUGGACCAGUCAUCUACAACCACAGACCCAUCUAAUCAGUCAUCUAUCCACCAAUUAUCUAAACAAACAACUACCACAUCUCCAGUCAGCAAAACAAUGCACAGCACAACGUUAUCUACCCAACAAGCAGAAAACAUGUCACCAUACAGCCUAUCAGCAUUCAGCACAAAGCCAUCUGUCCAAUUAUCAGACAGUACAACACCGUCCAGCCAAUCAGUCACCUCUACAGUACCAGCCAGCGAAUCACCAACAAGCACAAUACCAGUCAGUCAAUCCAUAACUACUCCAUCCAGCAAAACCACCAGCCACUUGCCUGACAACACUCCACCACCCAACCAAUCAAUAACAAGCACAAUCACAUCAACUUCUACCACAAAACCACUCACCAGACAAGCGAAGGAGGCCCUGAAGUCGUUGACCCACAGGAACAUAGGACAACCCUGUGAGUUUCCCUGCCUGAAUGGAGGUCAGUGUGUUCAGUCGGACUCAUGUGACUGCAGCUUGUACCAGGCCACUGGACACAGGUGUCAGACAGUUCCCAAUACAGGCUUUGAGAGGGAGAUGACCUGCAGGACUUGGGGCCAGUACAAUUUUGAGACAUUUGACGGCCUUUACUUCUACUUCCCUGGGCGAUGCACAUACACUCUGCUGAGGGACUGUGAAGACACGGCGCAGGCCGGCAUCGCUGUCCAGGUCCACAACGAUCCAAACUGUGGCCCCGCCCCCUACACAUGCCAACGCUCUGUCAGCCUCUUUCUUCCAUGGGAUGGUGAAGUCCGACUGCAUGCCAACCAUGUGACUUUUAAAGGUGAAAGUUUGCAGCUACCUCAUAACAUCCAUGACGUGCAGCUGGAGCUCAUCUCUCAGUACGUUCUGGUGACACAGCAGCAUGGUUUCACCUUGGCCUGGGACGGACUCCGGGGCUCUGUCUACAUCAAACUCAGUCCUGAGUUUGUGGGUAGAACCUGUGGAAUGUGUGGAAACUUCAAUGCAGACAUCCAGGAUGACCUCAAGACCAGCUACGGUGUGUUGACUCAUGACAUAGAAAUGUUUGGGAACAGCUGGGUGGAGGCGGAGCCACACGAGGCCCAAUGUCCCAUGGUGCCAUCUGGUUUCCCUUCGCCCUGCACUGGCAUCGAUGCUCAUGUUCUCCUGAAAGUGGAGGAGGUAUGCUCCAUGCUGCUCGAACCCCCCUUUCAGAGCUGCCAUGACUUUGUCAGUCCUCUAUCUUACAUUGCGAGUUGCUCCAACGACCUCUGCGUGUCGGGUCCCAGCGGUGAUGUGGUAUGCCAGGUGUUCAGCGAAUACGCUCGGUCCUGUGCCCACGCUGACCACCCACUGCAUGACUGGAGGACACACAUUCCACAGUGUGAGAAGCAGUGUUCUGCAGGUUUACAGCACAGAGAAUGCAUCAGCUGUUGUCCGGCAUCUUGCAGCCUUGAACGUACCUGCAUUGACAGCAAAUUGGCCUGUUUGGAUGGAUGUUACUGUCCAGAAGGUUUGAUCUUUGAGAAUGGAGGCUGUGUGAUGCCUUCUGACUGUCCCUGUGAGUACCAUGGAAUGUUUUACCCCUCUGGACAGACACUGCAGGAGGAAUGCAAUAACUGUUCAUGUGUGGGAGGAGUAUGGAACUGCACUGAAUACAGCUGCCCAGGUGAGUGCUCUGUGACUGGUGACAUGUAUUUUCAAUCUUUUGAUGGACGAGUCUUCACCUUCCCAGCGACAUGUCAGUACAUUCUUGCAAAGAGUCGUAACUCAGGGAAGUUCACCGUCAUCAUCCAGAAUGCCCCCUGUGGAGCUAAUUUGGAUGGGGCUUGUAUCCAGUCAGUGAGCCUGAUCACUGAUGAGGAUCCAAGAACUGAGAUUACACUAAGUCACCUUGGAGAAGUCUCCCUGGCAGGACAGUACCGGAUCUCCCUGCCCUACUCUGAUGACAUGUUUCUCAUCCAGGAGCUGUCGUCCAUGUUCCUGCAGGUGAAGACCUCCUUCGGUUUGCAUCUGCAGUACAGCUGGACUGAGUUUCGUCUCUACCUGCAGGCUGACGAGUUGUGGAAGGAUGACACCGUGGGCCUGUGUGGUACCUUCAACGGCAACAUUCAAGACGAUUUCCUGUAAGUUGACUUCCUAUCUCCGUCUGGUAUGAUAGAAAGCACUCCGCAGUUGUUUGGAAAUGCCUGGAGAACGUCACCGGCCUGUUCAGCCCCUCUGAGCACUCCGCAGAUUGACCCCUGCGACACGCACCAACAGGCCGUGGCGUACGCCUCAGAGAUGUGUGACAUCCUGAACCAGGACCUGUUCUCCGCCUGCCACGAGUACCUCAGUCCAACGUCCUACCACCAGCAGUGUCGCUCAGACACCUGUAAGUGUGGGACGCCCUGCCUCUGCUCUGCACUCGCCCAUUAUGCUCGCCACUGCCGCCGCUUCUCCAUCAUCAUUGACUUCAGGUCACAGAUACAGGACUGUGCCCUUACCUGUCCUCCCAGCAUGCAUUACGGCAUGUGUGUUUCGUCCUGUGAGCGCCGUUGCUCCACCCUCUCCGGCCCUCAGCGCUGUGGGGACGAGUGUGAGGAGGGCUGCGUCUGCCCCCACGGAACCUUCUACAACCACCGCACACACACCUGUGUGCACAGGAGUGAAUGCCCCUGCAGUUUCCUCGGGGCCGAUUAUGAACCAGGGGAUGUGAUCAUGACCUCAGCAGGUGUUCAGUUCUGUCUGAAUGGUAAAUUGGUGUCACAAACAACAGAACAUGACAGGUUGUGUCCAGCUGGUCAGAUCUAUCAGAACUGCUCUGAGGGGGAGGGCGGCCUCUCGGCUGGAGGGGGUGUGGCCUGUGAACGUACCUGUGAAACUUACCUCCUGAACCUCACCUGCUCCACCCAUGAGCCCUGUGUACCUGGAUGUGUCUGCCCUCCUGGCCUGCUGAAACAUGGAGAUGAGUGUUUUGAAGCUGCAGCCUGCCCCUGUCUGUGGAAAGGAAAGGAGUAUUUCCCCGGCGACAGGGUCUCCUCCCCCUGCCAUCAGUGUAUUUGCCAACAUGGGACAUUUCAAUGUGUGUUUCGGCCAUGUCCGUCGAUGUGCACAGCGUAUGGCGACCGCCACUACAGGACAUUUGACGGACUGCUGUUUGACUACGUCGGAGCGUGCAAAGUCUAUCUGUUAAAGAGCAGCAAUGACGUUUUGCUCAGUGUGACGGCUGAAAACAUCGACUGCUUCGACAGUGGAGUCAUUUGCAGAAAAUCCCUGCUGAUCAGCAUCGGCAGAUCCUUCAUUUCAUUUGAUGACGACUCUGGAAAACCAAAUCCUUUGAGUGUGAUCGAUCGGAAGCAGAGGAUGUUCCUUUGGCCAGCCGGAUACUUCACAGUGAUCCAUUUCCCUGAGGAAGAUGUCACCAUCCUCUGGGACAGAAAGACCACCAUCCACAUCCAAGUUGGACCUCAAUGGCAGGGGAAGCUGAGUGGCCUCUGCGGGAAUUUUGACCUGAAGACAGUAAAUGAGAUGCGGACCCCUGACAACAUCGACUCCCAGACGCCUCAGGAGUUUGGUAACAGCUGGACAGCGACGGAGUGUGUGAACAGUCCUGAAAUCAGACACCCAUGCAGUCUCAGUCCUCUCAGAGAGCCUUUUGCAAAGCGGCAGUGUGCUGUUCUUCUCAGUGAGGUUUUCCAGGCAUGCCACACAGUGGUGGACGUUACGUGGUUCUACAUGAACUGUUUGGGGGACACCUGUGGCUGCAGCCACGGUGGAGACUGUGAGUGUUUCUGCACCAGCGUGGCAGCGUAUGCUCAGCGCUGCUGCCAUCAGGGAGUUCCCAUUGACUGGCGCUCUCCAUCUCUGUGCCCCUAUGAUUGUGAAUUCUACAACAAAGUUUUAGGUAAAGGGCCGUUCCAGCUCAUCCCCUUCAGAGAGCAGAGGUCUGUGGUGUCAGCCAGCAGGUCCAGUGGUUUAGUAUCUGUGCAGAGGGCCAACAGCAGCACCAACUCCAGCAUCCACACACUGUUCAUGAUGACUCCAGGACUCAGCAGAGCUCGACCACAUGACACGUUGCGGAUUUCCUUUGAAGCAGCCAACAGACCAAACUACUUCCUGUCUACAAGUCCCAGUGGUCUUGUGAGGCUGUCCAAGUGGGAGGAGAGUGAAGAAUUCUGGGAUAGAGCCACCUUCUUGCUCCACAAAGACACCUGGAUUCCUGGCUUUGUUUCUUUGGAGUCUCAUGCCAAACCAGGAUUCUUCCUGCACACCACGCUGCCUCGUGUCCAUCUUGUCAAAUACAGACACAGUGACACCUUCCGCAAAGCCACGCUGUUCAGAGUGACAGGUCCCAGUCCAGACGCCCUUCCAGGUCCUCGGUGUCAGUGGAGGUAUGACACCUGUGUUCUCCCCUGCUUCAGAACCUGCAGUGACCCGACUGCUGAGGCUUGUGUCAACAUCCCACAGGUGGAGGCCUGCCUUCCUAUUUGCCCCCCUCAUAUGGUCCUGGAUGAGGUCACCCAUCGCUGUGUCUAUGCUGAAGACUGCAUCAAAGUGUCGACUGAUAUCCAGCCAUUCACCGUUCAUGCAACGUCACCAGCCAUCACUUCUCCAACCUCCCCCUCCACUCCCGUUUCUCCCACCAAGCCACACAUUACUCCAACCUCCCCCUCCACCCCCAUUUCGCCCACCCGACCACACACUACAAGAACCUCCCCCUCCAUCUCCGUUUCAUCCACACGACCACACACUACUACAACCUCCCCCGCCAUUCCCGUUUCGCCCACCCGACCACACACUACUACGACCUCCCCCUCUACCCCCAUUUCGUCCACCCAACCACACACUACCCUAACCUCCCCCUCCAUACCCGUUUCACCCACACGACCACACACUACUGCAACCUCCCCCUCCACCCCAGUUUCGCCCACACGACCACACACUACUACAACCUCCCCCUCCACCCCCAUUUUGCCCACCCGACCACACACUACUCUAACCUCCCCCGCCAUCCCUGUUUCGUCCACCCGACCACACACUACUACAACCUCCACUGCCACGCCCUUUUCGCCCACCCGACCACACACUACUCUAACCUCCCCCUCCACCCCUGUUUCAUCCACCGGACUACACACUACUCCCACCACUAAAACCACUACCUCCACCCCUGUGAGCACACGAUCCACACGCACCACAUCAUCUAUCCAGGACAUAUCCAGCAGUACCCCAACAGGAUCACAGCUUUCAGUAGUUCCCCCUUCUGUCGUGCCAGAGGUGGAGGAGCGGCUGUCCACUCUCAAAGUGACAGAAUCUCGAACCUCAGCUGUGUUGACUUCUACCUCAAGUGCCCCCUUUGCUAUCACCGCUCUGUUCUGGUUCACUUCCGUUACCAGGCCCCCAGAUCCCCUGCAGCCGUUCUACACCACCAUUGCUACCACCCUGCAACCACCAGCCACUGAGACACCAACCACCACCAGUUCUGUCACACCUCCCGCGGACAUGCUUCCCUCUACCACAAAGUCCACCACACCAUCAGCAGCAGCUACCUCCUCUCCAGAGAGAGCUACAGUUACCUCUGCCUUCACUGAGAGCACCACUCCACUUAUAUCAACUGCAUCCACACUGCCUGGUUUACCAAGUACUGCCUUCACAACCCCCUCUCCACCUCUGUCUCAUGUUGAAACCGAAACCACAUCCCCACCAAUAGAACCAGUCACACAAGAAAUUACAAAGAAAACAACAGUGUCCCCAGUCUCUACGGUGCACACCACCACCUCCUUCUUGUCCUCCACAGCAACACAGGCCUCCACCUCCACAACUCCCAAGGUCUCCACUACCUCAGCUCCAGAAUUCUCCACCCCCACAGAUCAUAAGCCCUCCACCACAGCUAUGCCAUCAACUUUGUCUGAUUGGCACACAGUGGAGAAAGUAACUGCACCUGAACCUUCUGAAAGACCCAAAGUUACCAGCGCAACCCCUCAUCCCCCUGCCCCCACCUCUGUAGCCUCCACCCUAAAGACCUCCUUGUCUGCUACAACUGUGAAAAUAACCACACAUGCUGAAUAUCAAGAGCCACAAACCUCCACCACACCCCCUGUAACAACAUCGCCAUCUUCACCAAUGGUGACAAUCGCAGACACCACAACAAUACUCUCUCCUCAAACUGCGGAGACCUCAACCCAACCUGUUUCAACUGAGCGCACCUCUGAACCAUGGCGCCCCCCACAUUGGGAAACCAUGUCCACCAUGGUUUACAGCCCCAAAUCUACCCCUGAGGUCUUAAUUUUAACUAAAACCACAGCAGUGCCUCACCCUCCUGUCACAACAGUCUCAACCUCUGCUACAUCAACUACCACCACCACUACCACCACAAAAAUUACAGUCUCACCCCAAACCACAAUAGAGCAACUCACAACAGCCACCACUGUGAAACCAUCUACACCCACUGAGUCUCCUGAGGCUCCCUCCACUAAAGUCCCAACAAGAGCUCCAUCUAUUGUUGUCACUACAAUGCUCAGACCAGUCACGGCACAUCCAAUCAUGUCAACAACACACCCAAUCACAAGCCAAGUUGAGGUAUCAACAACAGCAACUACGAUGCCCCCAUCAUUGUCCCCAUUGCACACUGUGACCUCGACUACACCAAAACCAACUGGCAUCCCUGAAAAAGUCACCACUCGGCUGGUUUCGACUGCACGAGCUACACCUGCCACAACCACAGCAACCAUACGUACUACAACAUACAGCAGCACGCCCCGAGUUCCAGUGACAACAAGAGUCACCCCAGGGAUCACCGUUACUGAGAGGUCAUCUACCAGGCCAGUUACCUCCAUGGCUACCAGAGUAACAAAACCCACCAAAUGGGCCACUUCGACCCCACGCUCCACACUUAGCCCUGUCACAAAAACAGCAGCAACAGCCACAUCUACAGAGAGUACAAGUGAAUGGGAGCAGAAAUCCACAGCUGUGACCUCCAAAGCUGUUCCAGAUCCAGGUGUAACAGAAUCGACAGUCAUGAUAACAGCAUUCUCCACAACUGAGGACACGCGAACAACCAGACGACCAGAGAUUUCACCUUCUGUCUCCCAAGAACCACAGCCGACACCUCCACAAACUUCUACAGAAAAGCUUCCUUCCUCAACCUCAGCUCCAGUUUCAGAGACCACACAGCCAGACAAGUUGGACCAUAGCAUUGCAGACUGGACUACAUCUGGAACAUCUUCAGUCAAACCUGAACAGACCGCCAGCCACACAACAGAUGGAACCACAGCUGUAGCUACAUCAACAGCAAGGAUGUGCACGCCACCGUAUGCAGAGAUCAUCGAUGAGUGCACCAAGUACAUCUGCGUUAACAACCAGCUUGUCCUGUUUAACAAAUCUCAGAGCUGCCCUUUCACCGCAGAACCCCCCAACUGUGGCCUGCUGGGAUUUGCAGUCCUGGUCAAUGGAGACAAGUGCUGUCCUCAGUGGGACUGUCCAUGUCGGUGCUCUGUGUUUCCAGAUCUGAAUGUGAUAACAUUCGAUGGUAACAGUGUUGCCAUUUACAAAGCUGCGUCUUACAUUGUGACCCAGCUGCGCAAUGAGACAGUCAGUGUUUCAGUUCAGGAGUGUCCUGCUGAUUCUGAGUCACCGCUUCUGUGGAACUUCACAAACCUGUGUCUGGUGGCUCUCAACAUUACCCACAAAUCCAACCACAUUGUCAUCAACCGGCUGCAGAGGAGGCUCUAUGUGAAUUCAAGGUAUGCCAAGCCUCGAUUCAGAAAGUUUGGUUUUGAGAUCUACGACACAGGGAACAUGUACCUGAUCCGCAGUCCAGCUGGACUCAAGCUGCAGUGGUACCACAGCACCGGCAUGAUGGUGAUCGAAACUGACAGCUACGCCAACAAACUUCAAACCAUGGGCUUGUGCGGUUUCUGUGAUGGAGACCCAACCAACGACUUGACUCUGGCUAAUGGUACCAGUGUGGGUGAGAGUGCAGACCCUGCUCUCUUCAUUGACAGCUGGCAGAUUCCCAACACCACCAGCUACGUCAGCCACAGCCGUCGCAGAGAACUCAACUGCUCCACCAGUGACUGUUCAUACUGCCUCAACAUGCUGCAGCAGGAUGCCUUCUCCGCCUGCCACGUCUUUGUUCCUCCAAGUACAUUCUGUGAGAUUUGGGUUCGAGAUGCAGAGUAUGUGACCAACCACUGUGUGGCACUGGCUGCCUACGCUGCCUCCUGCCACAAAUUCAACAUCUGCAUCGAGUGGAGGCGUCCUGAUUACUGCCCCUUCAUUUGUCCUGAUACGCUUCAGUAUCAGGCCUGUCUGCCUGCCUGCACGGCCUCAUCCUGCCCAAACCAGGACUUUGACUCUGACCCCGACCAGUGCUCCGGUCUGACUGAAGGGUGUGUAUGCCCCGAGGGUACACUGCUCCACCGGCCCUACUCCGCCCUCUGCAUAUCCCCCGACAAGUGUGCGUGCACAGACAGCUCUGGUAUUCCUCAUGCUCAUGGCGAAGUGUGGAAAGCUUCAAAUGAUGCCUGCUGUAUGUAUCGAUGUGAUAAUGACACCAUCAUGCCUGUGGAGUAUAACUGCUCCCACAUGGAGACACCUGAAUGCCACCGCAGAGGAGAGGUCAUCAUUAGUCUGGUAGAAGAUACCAGCUGCUGCCCACAUAAAGUCUGUGUGUGUAACCAGAGUCUGUGUGACCUGCUGCCGCCAGAGUGUAAAUAUGGAGAGAAGCUGAUUUCAUACUAUAGAGAAGACUCCUGCUGUCCAGACUACAUAUGUGAGUGCGACCCUGAUCUCUGUGAGUCAGUCGUUCCCUCCUGCAGAGACGACCAACUGCUGAUCAGUACGAGAGCUGAUGGCAGCUGCUGUGUGGCCCACAUCUGCAUGUGUUCUUCCUGUUCGGAGUCUCCACCUCUCUGUCAGGAUGGAGAAGUUCUGACUGUUGACAGAAACACAACGGACCGCUGCUGCCCAGAAUAUCAGUGUGUGUGCGAGCCUUACAGGUGUCCUCAGCUCAGUUGUCCUGUUGGCAUGUCAGUGCUAUCGACGUCAAGUCCAGAACGUUGUUGUCCAAACCAAACAUGUGAAUGUGCCUGUGAGAAGAUCGCUUCCCCAAAGUGUGGCCUUGGUGAGACCACUCAAUUAGACCGGGCUUUCCUGUCUGAUCCAAAGAACCAGUGUGCCUGUAAAAGAUAUAAAUGCGUACGUGAGGCAGUGUGUGUGUUUGGCGACCGUGGUGUUCUGCGUCCUGGUCAGACUCUGGUGGAACAUGGAGAUGACGGUGUGUGUCACAGUCGACAAUGCAGCCGCAGCCUCGAUCCAAGCAGUGGCUUCCACCUGCUCCGCACUAGCACCACCAACUGUUCAUCGCACUGUCAACCUAAUCAGAUCUACAUUCCCCCUAAAGACCAGUCGAUGUGCUGUGGUGUUUGUAAGAACAUCUCGUGUCUGUACAAACAUGAGAAUGGGACUGUGGUCCUCUAUAAGCCGGGGAGGUCAUGGGUGUCAAACUGCAUGAACUUUGACUGUGCAGAUACUGCAUCGGGGCCAACACUUAUUUCAUACCCGUUCAGCUGCCCCCACUUCAAUGAAACAGAAUGCAUGAAGAUCGGUGGAACGGUCAUCAGUUACAUGGACGGCUGCUGCAGGACAUGUAAAGAAGAUGGAAAGUCGUGUCAGAAAGUGACUGUGAGGAUGACCAUCAGGAAGAAUGACUGUCGCAGCAACAGACCUGUAAACAUCGUGUCAUGUGAUGGGAAGUGUCCGUCGGCAAGCAUCUACAAUUACAACAUAAACACGUAUGCUCGUUUCUGUAAAUGCUGCAGAGAGACGGGGCUCCAACGGCGCUCUGUGCAGCUCUACUGCAGCGGCAACACGACCUGGGUCAGCUACACCAUCCAGGAGCCAACGGACUGUUCCUGCCAGUGGUCUUAAACACACACACAUACACACAUACAGGCAAAAACACAAAGAGUAACACACACACAGAGUUCAUAUGAUCUCUACACUUUAAAUACACAGGAGGAAGAGAAGAAGAAAUGUCCUCCGUAUUGGUUUACUGAGCUGUCAUUGGUCGACUGCAUUGUAGGGGUGUUGCAUUGGGGUUCAGUACCAGUGAUGUAGGCGUCACUACCUGAUCUGAUACAUGUGCCAGAAUACUUCUUCCUGUCACCAGUAUUUCUAAGUUAUUUAUGCUGGAUUCUGGGAUUUAAAAUGAACAAUUAUAAAUGUAUUAGUUUUGUUCUUA